AUGAGAAACAGAAUGUAUUUUGGUGGUAUGUGCCAGAGUCCUGCUCUCCCAGCGCUAGUCCAUCCACCAGCGCCUCCUUUGCAACCACCGCAGGAUAAUAAACCACCUCUUCCCUUUCCUAUUGACACUGCAACUGUAGUCAACCUCUUCCCUAAUUUUAAUGCGAUGAACCCAGUUCAGAAAGCUGUAAUAAAUCACACAUUUGGAGUUCCUCUUCUUCAUCAAAGAAAGCAAAUCGUAUCAGGCAACAUCUGUCAGUUGAGAUUUAAUUCUUAUAGUCAGGCUGCAGCCCACUAUAAAGGCAUGAAGCAUGCCAAGGAGCUCAAAGCACUGCAAGUCACGAAAAAUAAGCAGAAACCUCUACCUACCAAGGACAGUGCACAGACUACCUUCCCCUCCAUCACUACCAAUACCAUCAAUACCAGCCUUGACAAAGCAGACAAUACCACAGGGACACCAGCAAUAUGGACGAUGGCGACUGUGGAAAUCCACAGAAGCAGUGUUAGGACAACCGAGAUCACCUCUAAAGAGAAAAGAAGCCUCAUGACGACCACAGGCAAUAGCGCGUGCCCUUCCACAGAGACUGAGGAAGAAAAGGCAAAGUGGCUUCUGGGGCCAGCAGAUGUCCUAAUGGCUGUAGUCAACCCCGCCUCACAGCUGGAGGCGCACAACAGUGGUACUGAGCACAAAAUCAGGCUAGAAGCUUGGAAUGGAAGCGAGAUGAUCAAAGCCUUUCCUAGGGCAGGAGUGAAAGGCAGAGGACCUAUUAAUAAGGGAAGCACAGGCCUCCAAAACAAAACAGUUCACUGUGAAAUCUGUGAUGUGCACGUCAGUUCGGAAACUCAACUUAAACAGCACAUUAGCAGCAGAAGGCACAAAGACGGAGCUGCCCAGAAGCCCUCGAAACCCAGAUACAGUCCUUACAAUGAAUUACAGAAAGCAGCAUAUCCACUGGGGACAAAAUUAGUAUUUUCAAAAGAACCUUCCAAGCCAUUGGCUCCACAAAUUCUACCAAAGCCCCCCCCCCCCAGCCACUGCUGCCGGGGAGAAUUCCCCCUCAGUCUUCCAACUGCUCCAGCAGCAACCCUGGUCCCCACUGCACUUCCUCCAGCAUGCCUGCCGCCAGCUCCUGGACCCCUUUGGGCCGCCCACACUCCUGUGAUGUCUGCUCCUUACUGA